ACUACAUCCCCAAGAUGUCUCUAUUCACGGAAACCACUCCAGAACUUGCCGCCUGCCUCUCUGAGGCGACAAUCUGCUCAGGUGACAACUGCCUUGUUCCAACAAAUAACUUUCAGUCAACAUUGAGUCUGGCGUUGAGCAUUGUGGUCACCGUCAUGCUGGCAAUAAUCAUGUUCAGCAUGGGCUGCGCCGUGGAGGCCCCAAAGUUUUGGGGGCACUUGAGGAGACCCUGGUGCAUUGUUAUCGGUUUCCUCUUUCAAUUUGGCAUCAUGCCUUUCACUGCAUUUGCUUUAUCGGUUGCCUUCAAUGUGCAACCAGUUGAGGCCAUUGUCAUCGUUAUUCUGGGUUGCUGCCCUGGAGGCUCCUUUUCCAAUAUUGUCAGCCUUUUCCUGGAUGGCGAUAUGGACUUAAGUAUCAGUAUGACAACCUGCUCCACCAUCUUGUCCUUGGGGAUGAUGCCACUAUGUCUGCUUGUGUACACCUCCACCUGGACUAAUUCAAGCAACAUCCAAAUCCCAUACGAUAGAAUUGGUCUCACUGUUGCAGCCGUCCUUGUCCCAAUCACUGGAGGAAUAUAUAUUAAACAUAAGUGGCCCCACAUGGCUCAAAUGGUCCUAAAGGUUGGGGCCGCCACAGGCUUUAGCUUCCUUGUCAUCGUAUCUGUGAUUGGGGUAGUUCUUUACGAGCAUUCUUGGCUCUUUAACCCUUCCCUUUGGAUCAUCGGGGCUAUCUACCCCUUUAUUGGUUUUGGGAUGGGUUUCCUUCUGGCCCGCUUUGUGGGUCAACCAUGGUACAGAUGCCGGACAAUUGGUGUGGAGACUGGCUUCCAAAACUCCCAGUUGUGCAACACCAUAAUCCAGCUGUCCUUCAGCCCCGCUGAACUGGAGAUCAUGUUUGCCUUUCCCAUUCUCUAUAGCAUCUUUCAGCUGGUGUGGUCUUUCCUGAUUGUUACAGGCAGAGGUUAA